AUGGAGGCGGGCAAGCCGAGCUCCUCGCCCGGCAGCCGGGACGAUGGCAGCAGCAGCGCCAACGCCUUGCAGGCGAAGCCGGCGCUGGGCAGCCCGGGCGGCGGGAAGGAGCACGGCAACUCGGUGUGCUUCAAAGUGGACGGCGGCAGCGGCUGCGAGGAGCCCGGGGUGGGCUUGGAGGAGGCCGAGGGCGCCGGGCGGCAGUAUGGCUUCAUGCAGCGCCAGUUCACCUCCAUGCUGCAGCCCGGGGUCAACAAAUUCUCCCUCCGCAUGUUCGGCAGCCAGAAGGCGGUGGAGAAGGAGCAGGAAAGGGUUAAAACUGCGGGGUUCUGGAUCAUACACCCCUACAGCGACUUCAGGUUUUACUGGGACUUAAUAAUGCUUAUAAUGAUGGUUGGAAAUCUUGUCAUCAUACCAGUUGGAAUCACAUUCUUUACAGAACAAACAACAACACCAUGGAUUAUUUUCAAUGUGGCAUCAGACACUGUUUUUCUAUUGGACUUGAUCAUGAAUUUUAGAACUGGGACUGUCAAUGAAGACAGCUCUGAAAUAAUACUGGACCCUAAGGUCAUCAAAAUGAAUUACUUAAAAAGCUGGUUUGUGGUUGACUUCAUCUCAUCAAUACCAGUGGAUUAUAUUUUUCUCAUUGUAGAAAAAGGGAUGGAUUCAGAGGUUUACAAGACGGCUAGAGCACUUCGCAUUGUGAGAUUUACAAAAAUCCUCAGCCUGUUACGUUUAUUACGUCUUUCGAGAUUAAUUCGAUACAUACACCAGUGGGAGGAGAUUUUCCAUAUGACAUAUGAUCUGGCCAGUGCUGUGGUGAGAAUCUUUAAUCUAAUUGGAAUGAUGCUACUUCUUUGCCACUGGGAUGGUUGUCUUCAGUUCUUAGUACCAUUACUUCAGGAUUUCCCACCAGAUUGCUGGGUGUCCCUAAAUGGUAUGGUUAAUGAUUCCUGGGGAAAGCAGUAUUCGUAUGCACUCUUCAAAGCCAUGAGCCACAUGCUUUGUAUUGGUUAUGGAGCCCGGGCCCCUGUCAGCAUGUCCGAUCUCUGGAUUACCAUGUUGAGUAUGAUUGUGGGGGCUACAUGUUAUGCCAUGUUUGUUGGUCAUGCCACGGCCCUAAUUCAGUCUUUGGAUUCCUCACGACGACAAUAUCAAGAGAAGUACAAACAAGUGGAACAAUACAUGUCAUUUCACAAGUUACCCGCUGACAUGCGCCAAAAGAUCCACGAUUAUUACGAACACCGUUACCAAGGCAAGAUCUUUGAUGAGGACAAUAUUCUCAAUGAGCUCAAUGAUCCUCUUAGGGAGGAGAUAGUCAAUUUCAACUGUCGCAAGCUGGUUGCCACAAUGCCUCUUUUCGCUAACGCAGACCCCAAUUUUGUGACAGCCAUGCUGAGCAAGCUUCGCUUUGAGGUGUUCCAACCCGGUGAUUAUAUUAUCCGAGAAGGGGCUGUGGGUAAAAAGAUGUAUUUCAUUCAACAUGGUGUCGCUGGUGUCAUCACUAAAUCCAGUAAGGAGAUGAAGCUGACAGAUGGCUCUUACUUUGGAGAGAUUUGCCUUUUGACUAAGGGCCGCCGCACCGCCAGCGUCAGAGCCGAUACGUACUGCCGUCUCUAUUCCCUCUCCGUGGACAAUUUCAACGAGGUUCUAGAGGAGUACCCCAUGAUGAGAAGGGCCUUUGAAACGGUGGCCAUUGACAGACUAGACAGAAUAGGAAAGAAGAAUUCACUUCUCCUGCAGAAGUUCCAGAGAGAUCUCAAUACUGGAGUUUUCAACAAUCAGGAGAAUGAGAUCUUGAAGCAGAUAGUAAAACAUGACAGAGAAAUGGUGCAGGCUAUUGCCCCAGUUAGUCUACAGCAAAUGCCAGCACUAAAUUCUAGCUCUUCAACCACUGCAUCAUCAUCGCGAAUCAGGACACAAUCUCCUCCUGUGUAUACUGCAACCAGCCUAUCUCAUGGAAACUUGCAUUCUCCAACACCGAGCACACAGAUGCCCCAGCAAGCUGUCAUUCUCUCUCCUUGCUCUUAUACUACUGCAGUCUGUAGUCCGCCAGUACAGAGCCCUCUGGCAGGUCGAACUUUUCAGUAUGCAUCCCCAACUGCUUCACAGUUGUCACUGAUACAGCAGCAGCAGCAGCAGACACCUAGUUCAUCGCAGAAAAAUGAAGUUCACAAGAGUACACAAGCCCUUCACAACACUAACCUGACAAGAGAAGUGAGGCCUCUCUCUGCCUCACAGCCUUCUUUGCCCCAUGAGAUUUCCACUUUGAUUUCUAGACCUCAUCCAACGGUGGGAGAGUCUCUAGCCUCAAUUCCACAACCCGUCUCUAGUGUCCAAGGUCCAGGUAUGCAGGUUGGGAACAGAGGCACUGUCCCUCAGAGAGUUGCUCUCUUCCGUCAGAUGUCUUCAGGAGCAAUUCCUCCUAACCGAGGGGCCCCACCACCAACAGCUGUUCUACAAAGGGAUUCUUCCACAGUCUUAAACACAGACCAAGAAGGAGACAAACCGCGAUUUGCUUCAAACUUAUGA